AUGAGCGAUAAGUCCACUGAGACGUCCGCCGCUCGCUUUGUAAGGCAGUUUCAAGAGGAAGAUUUGGCGGAAAAUUCAGAUUAUGCCCUUUUAAAGCACACGAGAGCACAUCUUCAAAAUAAGCUACUGCGGAAAAAAUACCUGGUGAAACAACUGCAGCUGCUGUACGCACAGCUCGACAAGACACGCAACUACCAGGAGUUCGUGGACACGUUAAUGGGCAGCAGACCGCUGCUACGCGAAGUGUUUGCUUUAGAACAACAUUCGAAGCUUUCGUCGCAAGUGACCGCAGAGGCUCGCCAAAAUCAGCAUCAACAACAACACUCCAGUUGGGGCGAUGUGGCUACUCCCAGUAUUAAAUGGAGUAAAUAUGGCGUCGAUGUGGAGGAGUAUUUGCUAGCAAACGACGCAAGUCGCGAUUUAGUCCACCAGAGCGGUUGGGUGUUUCACGACAUGUAA